AUGGUGAUAACUUCGCCAUGUCGUUUACCUAAACAAAGCGUAAGACGUUUCUUUUUUUCUCCUGAGAGACCGAUAACCAAAGAACCUGCCAGUGUUGAACAGAACACAAGUAAUGUCACUUCGUCUGCUAUUCAUCCUCUGCCGCCACCUCCAGGCUAUUUGGGAUACCUUUCAGGGGCAAUCACAUCGUUGUUACCUAAAGGUUCUUUUAAUUUUAACAUUGGGCUUCCAAAAAUCUCUUUGGCCGAUCAAAAAACUACCGUGCUGAAAACAAAUACAGCAGGAGCACCAGUUAAAGCAGUUAAAGCCGAUAGACUUAUAGAAAGAAAAAUUUCUCGUACAGAAGUUACUAAUAAGACUCGCGGAUUAGUAAAGCGAUUGCUGCUGUCUGAGUCUGACGCUUCUCGUCUUUUAAGAAUUCAAGACUUAAGUAAUCAUAUUAUGACUUACCCACCAACUAGAUGCACAGCAGCUCAAGAGUCUUCCCUUGUUUCGUAUUUAUUGAAGUUAGAAGAGACUGCUACUGAUCAAAAUCUUCGUAAUGAAGCUCGACAAUGUCUCACAUUAUGUGGACAUCAGCCUGAAGUGAAAAGCAGAGGUAUUAAUUUACUGACCAUAGAUGGCGGAGGAACCCGUGGUAUGAUGGGGUUAGCAAUCCUCGAGCAUAUGGAACAAAUAUCAGGAAAGAAAAUUUAUGAAUUGUUUGAUCACGUUGUUGGUGUUAGUACUGGAGCAAUUAUUGCUACCUUGUUAGGAGUACAACGUUAUUCCGUGAAAGAAUGUCGUGAUAUUUAUAUGGAAAUUUCUAGGAAGUUGUUUAAUCAGGGUAAAAUCCAAGGAGUCACUGGCCUCAUAAGGCAGCAUUCUUAUUAUGACACCACGAAGUGGAUUGCCAUAUUGAAGCAGUUGAUUGGUGAACAUGACAUUUUGAUUGAAACAAGCAAAGAGAAAGGUAUACCCAGGCUCUCAAUCAUAGCUUCUAUUGUUAAUCUGCCUAAAUUAGAGCCUUAUGUUUUUCGGAACUACGAACAUCCUGCUGGUCGGGAUUCUCAUUAUCGAGGUGGAACCAAUCAUCCUUUGUGGCAGGCUAUUCAAGCAUCUGCUGCUGCUCCCUUUUACUUCGAGGAGGUGCAGCUUGGAGAAAUCCUACUGCAAGAUGGAGGAGUUAUCGCCAACAACCCAACUGCAAUUGCUAUACACGAAACUAAACUUUUAUGGCCAAAUGAAAGUUUACAUUGUGUUGUUUCGGUUGGGAACGGACGAUCGGUUGUGGAACUUGAGCCAGCUCCCACUGUGAAAUCAACAGGAGUUCAAAACAAAUUAGCAAGGCUCAUAGAUAGUGCUACAGAUACAGAAGCCGUUCAUAUGAGUAUGCAUGAUUUGAUUGAUGCCGACGUUUAUUAUAGAUUGAAUCCAUACAUGACAUACCCAUAUGGGUUAGAUGAAAUUGAUCCUGACAGAUUGGAGCAGAUGCAGCAAGAUGCAGUUUUAUAUGUGCGGAGAAACUCUUCGAAAAUAGAAGAGGCAACGCAACGUGCUUUACAGAAACCACGUGCUCUUCAAAACCUGAAGCGUGGUUACGGAGCUUGGAGAGAUAAGCGAGUCAGCUAUUCUCCCAAAUAG